UGCACCGACAGGCCUCUGUACCCUUUCCAUUAACCUUAACAUUAGGUUUCUCUUGCCUUCCUCUUUUCCUUCUGUCUGCCAGAGCUUCUCCUUCUCUCCUGGAUAACGCAGUGGGUUGGCCUGCAGGUGCAUAAGGUGCAGGCAGCUGCCCUCCUGGCCCUGUCCUGCCCUGCCUGGAGGGACACCGUUCCGAGGUGAUGGCUGGAGGAAACGAGCGGAACAUGAAGGCCCUGAAAGAAGUGUGGAAAAGAGCAGAGAACUCUUUGUGUGCGGACUGCGGGAAGCCAGAUCCUGACUGGGCAUCCUCUACUUUGGGUGUCUUUAUAUGCCUCAGCUGUUCAGGAAUUCACCGCAACAUCCCUAGCAUCAGCAAAGUCAAAUCCCUGAAGAUGGACUACUGGGAUGAUGCUCAGGUGCAGUUUUUGGCCAAGCAUGGGAAUGCUGUGACUAAAGCCAUAUAUGAAGCUCACAUCCCUAUUUACUAUUACCAGCCAACCUUCAAUGACUGCCAAGUGCUGAGAGAACAGUGGAUACGGGCCAAAUAUGAACGCAAAGAAUUUACUGAGCCAGGAAAACAGCUGCCGUAUUCUGAUGGGGUGAAGGAAGGCAUCCUUUGGAAGCGAGGUCGAGACAACGGGCAGUUCCUACCCCGCAAGUUCCUCUUGUCUGAGAGAGAGGGAUGUCUGAAGUAUUUCACCAAGCAGGAUGGCAAAGAACCCAAAAUCAAUGUUAAAAUAGAUGUCAUCAAUGCUACAUUCCAGCCAGAGAAGAUUGGGAACCCCAAUGGCCUGCAGAUCACCUAUCUCAAAGACAAUAAGACCAGGAAUAUAUUUGUCUACCAUGAAAGUGGAAAGGAGGUAGUGGACUGGUUCAACGCCAUCCGCUCUGUGCAGUUUCAUUACCUGAAGGUGGCAUUUCCCAUUGCCAGCGAUAAUGAGAUUAAAAAUCGUUUGACGAGAAACUUCUUGAAGGAGGGGUACAUGGAGAAGACUGGUCCCAAGCAGAGAGAGGCUUUCAAGAAGCGCUGGUUCACACUGGAUCACCGCAGGCUCAUGUACUUCAAGGAUCCUUUGGACGCCUUUGCUAAGGGUGAAGUAUUUGUGGGCAGUGGAGAGAAUGGAUAUAGUGUCCAGAAGGGAUUGCCUUCAGGGACACAGGGCAACUUCUCUUGGCACUAUGGCAUCACCAUUGUCACCCCUGACCGGGAAUACCUCUUCACCUGUGAGACAGAGACUGACCAGCUGGAGUGGAUCAGAGCCUUCACUAGUGUCAUCAAGCAGGCCAUGACACCACAGGAAUAUGCAAUUGAAGCCUACUUCAAGUUUAAGUCCUAGGAAGCCAUGCAGGAAUCUCACUAUGACUCAACUCUACCUGGUCCUAUUGGGUUGCUGUCAGGACAGGAGAGGAGAUUGACAUCAGAGAAACAUAGUGCUCUUGGAGCACCCUUUGAAGCACUUUUGCCCCCAUAUAAUAUCCACUUUGUUUUGAGGGCCUGAUUAAGCUGCUUCUUUUCAAGGCAAGAUUUUGUGCAUCUGAAUCCUCAGUACGGCCUGUCCAUGUUAAAUUGCUGUGAUCUGACUGGAUGCUGACAGGUCUUGCCUGUCAGUCAGGCCUUGAAAACUUUGGCACUUACUCUGUUGGGUGUGGGACCUAGCAUCACUCCUGCAUGAAACUGCAGACAGCCACCCACCUGGUGCAAGAAAACUGGCUGGAGCCAGCCACCCCAGCUGA